AUUGCUUACGUGAGUAUGUACUACUUUUAUUAUAUGACGUUUAUGGGCGCAGACAUAUGUAUGUCUAUAUACUAUCUAAGGCACAUAUGUAUGUACAUGCUAGUGUGCACCACCAUCACACACUCCUGCAACGGGCUUUAGGGUAUUUAAAAAAAAGGCUCGUUUUGAAUUUCUUCAGUUGCAUCUGUUUGAACCGGGCGUUCACAUCAUCAUUUUGUAGAUUCAAAACAGGGCAAAUGAAGGUAGAGGCUUGUAAUCCUGCACCCGCUUGGUUAACCAAAGAGUAUCUGGAGGCCAUAUUUCGCAGAUAUAAAAACGAUGACGGACUUCAUAUCAAAGAAAUCGAUAUCAAGCCCGCGUCCGCGAAGGGUGACAAUUAUCUCAGCGUUAUGACGCGUUUAAAAAUCAAAUUCCACGUUAGCAGCAACACGACUGAAUGUGGUUCCUACAUUGUUAAGUCCACCUACGAAGCAGAUGUUUUGUCCGCGAAAAUCAUUAAGGGCUAUGACCUCUACAAUACCGAAAUGGUGAUGUACGAUAAAAUUUUGCCAAAAUUGUCACAAUUACUUUGUGAAAUAGGUGAUUGUACUAAGAUAUUAGCGAAUACUAUUCAUGUGGAUUACGACAACUCGGCCAUUAUUCUCGAAGAUCUGGCGGUAUUCAACUUCAGGACUGCUAAUCGUAUUGAGUAUAUGAACGAGACAGAAACCAAGCUGGUAUUAAGAAACUUGGCUAAAACGCAUGCGGCUGCCGCGGUGCUGAACGAACGCAUGCCUGGAGUACUGAAUAGACUCAAAAUGGGCAUGCACAAUCGCUCAACCACCGGCUUCGCCCCAUACUUUGAGGGCAUGUUUGAAGUUUGCGCCAAAUUUGCAGGCGAGUGUGCGGCGCUGGGCCCGUACUACCGAAGCAAAAUUCUCCAGCUGAAGCCACGAGUGAUGGACUACUGCAGAAGUGUCCAUGAGCCACCUCAAAGUUAUUUUCACACACUACUGCACGGUGAUCUCUGGACUAAUAACAUUCUUUUGCGUUACUCCGCCGAUGGAGCGGAUGGCGCUAAGCAACUUGAGGAUGCAGUUCUGGUCGAUUUUCAGUUUAGCAAUUGGUCUACGCCGGCGGUUGACCUUCAUUACUUUUUCAAUACAUCGCUACCAAACGAGAUGCGGAUAGACCCAGACGAGCUAGUGAAACAUUACUACAGCGUCUUGGCGAACACAUUGACGAAAUUGAAAUACGAGGCGCCUGUGCCCACGCUGCACGACAUCUGUGUACAAAUGGAAGCUGGACGAUUCUAUGGUUUAGCUUCGACUGUGAUUCACCAGGCUGUGAUGAUAAACGACAAGACAGAUGACGCUGAAUUAAAAAAUCUUGUGGGUGACGAUGAAAGUGCGUCUAACUUUAGAGCUACCUUAUAUACCAAUAAGAGAGUGCAGGAGAAUAUCAAGCGUCUUUUACCGUACUUCGAUAGGAAAGGACUACUCGAUGUUCCCCAAUAAAGUGGGUAAAGCAAGUUUUUUUUUUGCAGAAAUGAAUAAUAUGUAUGUACCUACUUAAUCGAUGUGAAUGAAACAAAAAAAAAAAUACAUACAUAUGGUCGAUUAUUUGACUGGCAACGUUACACUGGUAUGUAUUUCUUUACAGUAUGA